AUGAAGUCAAAUGAAAGUUUGGAAGAAAAGAAAAGGCCAGCCAGUCCAGUCAAUGAAGAUGAAUCGGUGAAAAAGUUCAAAAGAGAGCCCGUUCCUGAUGGGAUGUCGCGUAACCAAUGGAAGAAACUUCAACGUCAAAAGCGUUGGGAUGAACAAAAGGAUGAAUACAGAAAAAUAAAAAGGGAUAAGAAAAAAGCAGCAAAACAAAGACGAAAGGAUCAUAUAACACAAUUAAAGGAGCAAGGUUUAACUGAACAAGAAUUAGAUGAUGCUCUCCAUUAUCACCAAUUGAAGAAGGAGAGAAAAUUACCUGAAUCUCAGACUCCUAGUGAUGCCAAGUUCAUAUUCGAUUGCUCGUUUGACGAUUUAAUGUCAGAUAAGGAAAUUGUUUCCCUAAGCAAUCAAAUCACUAGAGCAUAUUCUGCAAAGCGUCAUUGCAAAUACGAUUUACCAUUAGAUAUUGUUUCAUUUCAAGGAAAAUUAGUGGAACGUUUCGAAAAGCUGGUGGGCCAGUACAAACUAUGGAAAGGCAUAAACUUUAAUGAAGAGUCAUUAGAAUCAUUGAUCACCGAUGAAAACAAAGAUAAGUUUAUCUAUUUCACAGCAGAUACUGAUGAAGUGAUUGAGGAAUUAGAGCCUGGAAUGACAUAUAUCAUAGGAGCAAUUGUUGACAAGAAUAGGCAUAAGAAUCUCUGCAUUAAUAAGGCCAAAGAAAUGGGUUUAAGAGUUGGACGUUUGCCAAUUGACAAAUAUAUUCAAAUGAAUGGUAGGCAAGUGCUAGCGACUUCGCAUGUUUACGAAAUUUGCUGCAAAUGGUAUGAAUGUGCACAUGAUUGGGAAAAGGCAUUUAAUGAAGUUCUUCCUCCUAGGAAGGUUAAGGGUAAGUUAGAAGAAUUAAAAAAGAAAAGAGAUGAAUUUGAAGCCAAAACUAGAGGAAAUACACACUCGCCUAAUCUGUCCAGCGAUUUACAUGGACAAGAAGAGGAAGAUGAAGUUAGUGAAGUUAGUGAGUCCUAA